AUGGCCACCUCAGCAAGUUCCCACUUGAACAAAGGCAUCAAGCAAAUGUACAUGUCCCUGCCCCAGGGUGAGAAAGUCCAAGCCAUGUAUAUCUGGGUUGAUGGUACCGGAGAAGGACUGCGCUGCAAAACCCGCACCCUGGACUGUGAGCCCAAGUGUGUAGAAGAGUUACCUGAGUGGAAUUUUGAUGGCUCUAGUACCUUUCAGUCUGAGGGCUCCAACAGUGACAUGUAUCUCAGCCCUGUUGCCAUGUUUCGGGACCCCUUCCGCAAAGAGCCCAACAAGCUGGUGUUCUGUGAAGUCUUCAAGUACAACCGGAAGCCUGCAGAGACCAAUUUAAGACACACGUGUAAACGGAUAAUGGACAUGGUGAGCAACCAGCACCCCUGGUUUGGAAUGGAACAGGAGUAUACUCUCUUGGGAACAGAUGGGCACCCUUUUGGUUGGCCUUCCGAUGGCUUCCCUGGGCCCCAAGGUCUGUAUUACUGUGGUGUGGGCGCAGACAAAGCCUAUCGCAGGGAUAUCAUGGAGGCUCACUACCUUGCCUGCUUGUAUGCUGGGGUCAAGAUUACAGGAACAUAUGCUGAGGUCAAGCAUGCCCAGUGGGAAUUCCAAAUAGGACCCUGUGAAGGAAUCCGCAUGGGAGAUCAUCUGUGGGUGGCCCGUUUCAUCUUGCAUCGAGUAUGUAAAGACUUUGGGGUAAUAGCAACCUUUGACCCCAAGCCCAUUCCUGGGAACUGGAAUGGUGCAGGCUGCCAUACCAACUUUAGUACCAAGACCAUGCGGGAGGAGAAUGGUCUGAAGCACAUCAAGGAGGCCAUUGAGAAACUAAGCAAGCGGCACCGGUACCAUAUUCGAGCCUACGAUCCCAAGGGGGGGCUGGACAAUGCCCGUCGUCUGACUGGGUUCCACAAAACGUCCAACAUCAACGACUUUUCAGCUGGCGUCGCCGAUCGCAGUGCCAGCAUCCGCAUUCCCCGGACUGUCGGCCAGGAGAAGAAAGGUUACUUUGAAGCCCGCUGCCCCUCUGCCAAUUGUGACCCCUUUGCAGUGACAGAAGCCAUCGUCCGCACAUGCCUUCUCAAUGAGACUGGCGACCAGCCCUUCCAAUACAAAAACUAA